GGGGGGGGCUGGAGGGGAAGGAACAGCUUGGAGCAUGAGAAGGAAUGGAGAGGAUGGGUGCUUGGCACAGAGGGACGUGGAUUGCUUCGCUGCAGGGCUGUGCUUUGUUUCACUGAGGGGAGACGCAGUGCUCUGCAUCAGAAGAGAUGUGAAAGGUGUGGUGGGAGGAUGGGGGGGGGGUUUGUAGUGUGGGGAAACGCGGUGCUGUGGGGUUUGUCCUUGGUUGGAAUGGCGUGUGUGGUUCAGAGCUGUCUCUGUCCUCCUCACAGCCCUCAGCAGCUUCUGAGUGAGGGGGGAUACGGGGUGGGGAAAGGGCUGAGGGUGUGAGUGAGGUGUGUGAAUGCCUGCAGGCAGAGAUUGCAGCUCGGCUCUCCUUUAUGUGCUGUGGGGCUGAGGGCGACCAGAGCUGACCCCACAGGGACGCAAAGGCUUCGUUGUCCCCACGGUGGAUAAAUGGAGGUGGUGGAGAUUUGGAAGCGAGCUGCUCUUCGGUCAACAGCAAAGCUGGGAGUGCAGAGAGAUGAGCUCAGAUGCGUCGCUCGGCGGUGCCUCCUGGCCCGGCUCAGCCCCGGCCCCUCCGUGCACCACGUUGUCCCUAUGGCCACCACAGCCAAGGAGGAGAUGGCUCGUUUCUGGGAGAAGAACACCAAAUCCAGCCGUCCUUUGUCCCCUCACAUCUCCAUUUACAAGUGGUCGCUGCCCAUGGCCAUGUCCAUCACGCACCGCGGCACCGGCGUUGCUCUCAGCUUAGGUGUGUGCACCUCCAGCUGCUGUGGGCUUCAGAGCUGUGGCUGCUGGCAUAGCUUUAUCUCCCCGUGCCUCUCCAGUUGUAACUCUGCCUUCAGCCGCGUUUCUCUCUUCAGCCUGGCUGCUUUGCUGCUCCCGGAGCAGUUCCCUCACUACGUGGCCGUGGUGAAAUCCCUCAGCCUGAGCCCCGCUCUCAUCUACUCUGCUAAAUUCGCCCUGGUCUUCCCCCUCUCCUACCACACCUGGAAUGGAAUCCGACACCUCGUGUGGGAUAUGGGGAAGGGCUUCAAACUCAGCCAGGUGGAGCAGUCGGGGGUUGUGGUGCUGAUUCUGACGCUGCUCUCCUCCGCGGCCAUCGCAGCGAUGUAACGCAGCCCCCCCCCCUUUCCCCCCCCCCCCCCCCCCCCCCAUCGGCCGCCUCCCAAAUGGUGGCCCAUCGGUUCCAUCUCAGCCCACGUGGAUGGAUAACGGGGGGGGGGGGGGAGGGCAGCACCGCCGCCCCCUCCCCGUCGUGUGGGUGGGCGGAGAGGUUCAGCCCCGCUCUGUGCGCAUCGCAGGGGGGCGCUGUGCCGGGGGGGUUCCGCCCCCUUUGGGGCACUGUUUGCAGCGCAGCCCCUUUGCAAUAAAGCGGCUUUGAUCGUU